AUGGGUAAUGGUCAUGAAUAUCCUAUUGGUGGUAUUGGAACAGUUCGGAUCAGAAUGUGUGACGUGGUGAUUAAGGAGUUGAAGGAAGUGAGAUUGUCGUCUAUCGCGAUUAGAGUAUUUGGAUCUGGUGGAGCUGCUUCAAAUUUUGGGUUGCUUCGGAUAUUUGGAUGCCCAGCAUAUUGUCACAUUGAGGAUAUAAAAUUUAAUUCGAGUCCACAUUUGGGAUUCAGAGGCGUGUUUGGUUACCAGUUUUGGGAUUUUGAUAUUGUUCUGAGCAGUAUUGUUACAUUUGACUCUCAGCAGGUGGAGAGUGUUGGACAGAUCAUUAGGAUAUCACAGCGGGUGGAGAGUGAUGCUAUUCCACAUUAUGUAGAGAUUACUCCACGUACUCCAGAUCAUUUUGUAUUGUUUAGGAUUCUAGCUGAGGUGACACGGUAUCAUGUUAGUGUUGAUGCAAAUGAUGAGUUUGUUGAUUCGAGUGCAGCUGAUGCACACAGUUCAGAUUUGGCUAUGGUCGUUGGUUCUGAGGACAGAAUGCCCUGUUUCUACUCUGUUUCAACUCUUGUACAAAGAAAAAUAUUUUUUUUUAUAAUUAUUCUCUCGAAUUUUCAUUCAGGGGUUUACUCAGUUAGCAUUGAUUUAGAGAACCAAAAGGUUACAGUCUCUGGUACUGUGGACUCUUCCACCCUCAUUAAGAAACUGAACAAAUCGGGCAAGCAUGCAGAACUCCUCUCCUCUCAGAAAUCCAGCAACCAGGCCCAACAAAAGCCCAAACCCAAUCAAAACCAAAAGCAGCAGCAGCAACAGCAAAAGCCACAAAAGCCUCCGCAGGCCAACCCAGUGAAAAAUGCCAAGGCCCAGCCCAAAAAUCGCCCCUCCUUCAGCUCAGAUGAAGAGGAUUUUUCCGACGACGACGAUGAAUAUGAUGAUGAUGAAGAGAUGAGAUUGAUCACUGAGAAGAUGAAGCAGCAGAUCAACAAUGCCAACGGAAAAAAGAAUGCAGCGGGCCCAAAGAAGAGUGGGCUGGGCCCAAUCCAGGCCAAGGCCCAACAUGGCCCAGACAAUAGACCCAAGAUGGUUCAUGCAGGUAACAACAUGGGUCUUGGCAUGAAUGGCCAUCAACCCAUGAUGAUGGGGGCUCAUCAUCACCCAUCAUCCAUGAUGAUGAACAUGAGAGGUGGGCCCAUGAACAAUAACAUGAUGAUGGUGCAGCCUCAGAUGAUGUACCAUAGAUCUCCACAGGUCUCUCCUUACACUGGCUACUAUAAUCAGUACUCUCAAGCUCCAUACUUCAGCAGCAAUCAGCCUGCAGAGAGAACUGACUACUCACAUCUCUUCAGUGAUGAGAAUGCAAACAGUUGUGUUGUCAUGUAAGGAAAAGAGUUGGGGGCUGUAUUAGCUAGCUGAUCUCUAUUUAGUUAUGUUGGUUAUGGCUUUGUUUAAUUAAGUGUUGGUUCUUAUCCAAGGAGUUGGUAGACUUUGAAGUUUUGAGCUUAAGGUUGAUAUAAUAAUAAUGCCCAUGUGACUGUAAUAUGUAAGUUUUAGUAAAAAGAUAUGGUUUUUAGUUGUUUGUUGGAAGA